GAAGGUUCCACUGUGCUCUUCAUUACAUUAAUUAUGUGUCUCUUUUCACUUGGAAGUCUAAUUCAAGGUUCACAUUCACUGGACAACUCUGAUUCCGUCCAAAUUAAUCGAAGCACGGACCGAGACAACAAGGCCUUCAUCAUGGCCAGUGAUUCUGUGGAAGGCAACGGACAUAAUGUAGAGAGUCCAACAUCACGUCAACUUAAUAUAACUCACAUUCCAGUGGGGCACGAGGGAGCCAUCGAUGGAAACCAUCCUUGGCCUGGAAUCACUUUAACUAGAGCAAUAGAACUUUCACUACACCACUUACAGGCCCAGGACAGAGGAGCUGACAAAGCUUAUACUUCAAUAACAGCACCCGCUCACCCCAGUGUGCAGGUCAUCUCAGAGUCAGCUUUCUUGGAAGGCAGGCACAUGACAGCUGAGGAACAGUUCAAAGAGACUCGUGCAUCUAGAGGAAAGGAUGACUCUAUGAAUGGUGGAGACAGCCUUAAACGCCCGGUCCACACAAAUCUGUUUACCUCCUUGACAAAUCGAAACUCGCAUGGACCUGGAGGUCCCUGUGUGCUGGGGCUUAGACCUUGUGUAGUUCUGAAAAACCAGAAUGGCACCAAUCUGCUCUGGGAUGACAUGAGCCGCACGCUGGCAUUCGUCUGGGAACUACAUGUCUUUGGAUGUGCCAGCCUUUUCAUACUGAUGGCAGUCCUGGCUUUUCUGGGAAUGGCCAGUGCAUGCAUCCUCCCUCAUUCCCUCUGUCAUGCCCUGACCCUGGAGAACAGUCUCCUAGUUAUGGGUGGUACUUUGCGUGGUGUCCUCCUGCUACUUGAUCCUUAUGGUACCCAUCAGAUUCUCUCUCGGGCUACUCUAGCAGCGCUCCAUAAUGUCCCUCUCCAGCUUCUUCUGUGGGCACAGGUUGCCCUCGCUCUGGUGACACUGGAGGGGUUGAAGUUAUUCUUUUUUCACCCAAAGCUGCAACACCCAUGGGUCGUUGGAGGGCUUGCUAUAUCACAUUGCACUCCAUUGCUUGUAGCAGACCUAUACUCGACAGCUUUAUGCCCUGCUCUCCCUCUGUUGCUGCAGACACUCUCUCUCUUCUGGGGCCUCCCAUUCUGCAUUGGAAUCCUCAGCAAGUCUUUCUCUUACCGAGAUCCCUUCCUCAUGUCGUCUGUGCCUCAGUGGUUUCCUUCACACCGGAUUGACAGGCGAGCAAAGCGGGUAACAGCAGUGUGCGCCGUCUUCGGGGUUCUCUGCUGCAGCCUUCAGAUGUAUAGUCUCCUCUGGAUUUAUGGGUUACUGGGGAACUGGAGGCGCUUUGGCUGGGGCUGGUGGCUUAGUCAGUUUUGGGCGAGAAUCCUUGAGUUAUCCUGGGGUUUCUCUUUGCUUGUCCUGGGAUCUUGGAUCUUCUGGAUGCCCUCUAAUGGAGAGUCAAGGGCUGAUUAUUGGCCGAUCAGACUUGAGAUGUUAAAAGGGGUGGAGGGGAAAAGCUUGUGGUAUAGGUUCCUGGCCAACGUGCGAAAAGGGCCACUGAGAAAAUCUGAGAAAACUUGGGAAGAAUUGAUGCCAAAUAACUGGGCAAAAUAUAACCUGGCUCGAGCAAAUGUCAGUAAAAACAUACGGAGCCCGUAUGAUGAUCAGCAAUCUAUCAGCACAGUAGAAUACCAGCCUGGAGCAGUUCACAAUAGCAGCUCAGAUUUUCAGCCUGCACUACUGUGGCAAAAAGUAGGGGAAAAUCAAUGCAUUCUUUCACUGAUAGAAUUUGACUUGCGGCCCCCGUCUCCUAUCAACCUGAGGCGCAGCAUUCACAGUGCCCUUCACCAUGAACAUCAUGCAGGACCCCUGUUCUCAACACCGACCUCCUCACCUCACACAGAAGCCAAUCAUGGAAACACAACAACUUUCCCUCCAACUUAUGUCCGCUAUGGGUGGUUGUUAGAUACAGAGUCUAUUUCUGCGUCACUUGAUCAUUUUCAAGUCAGUGAGCAAAUACUGUCCCCCAGUGCCACAGCUGAUUAUAGUGGAAGCAUUGGGUCCCAAACCCCUGUCUAUAAGGGAGGAGAGUUUAAUUCAGAGCUGUCAGCAGUGAUGCAUCAGAAUGACGCUUCUGAUGAUGUAUCAGACCUCUAGAUUUGAACGUUCAGUGUCUAGAUUCAAGUGGCUUCUAGUGGUGAAGUUGCAGAUUUCAACCAACUGAACACCCCUAACCUCUUCCAAGCAUAUAGGUCAGGCAAACCUACAGUGGCCUUCAGGUAACUUAAAUAUGUGAAAGGCUGUCCCUCGAGCCAUUUUCUUUUUUUCCAUUCCAAGCUACUGUAGACACACAUGGUGCAAGAUUCCGGACUCCAUGGAAGAGCACCAGCGACCCAUGUGGAUAUAAAGGGCUCGUUCGAAUGUAACAAAAACACAACAAUUCUUAGUCUCAGGUUAUUAUAGAAAAAAUAACAAUAUUAGACUACAUUUUUAAAAAACAGACCUUCAUUGGAUAUUCUGAUACAAUUUAUAUGUAAAAUGCUUAAAACCUUUAAAUGGAUGGAAAAGCAAGAAAUACUAGAUAAUGUGACCAUCUCAUAAUGUGACUUGUAUAAUGUUUGUUUCUAUAUGCCAAUGUUAUGCAGGAAAUAACACAUUUCCCAUUAUCUGAGUCUACAUCUGGCCUGCAUCAGAUUUGUUUAGUAACUGUUAAAAGUUAGUUCAGUAUUUAUAUGUUAGGCUACCACUGCAAUAUGA